UGGUAGAUAGUAACGCGUACAGCGAACUUGUCGAACCCUGUUUUUGGUUAUCUCCUGGAUGUCAACCAAAUUCCCAAGUCACAAGUCUACCCCAGACUUUUGUCCAUGUGAAGAAUUCGUGGAGAAACUUGACUCACGAUAGUGCAUCAUUUAUCCAUAUUAUUUUCCCUUUGGUGUAAAACCUGGAGCCAAACUAAGGUACCCUGACGUUUACGAGUUACUUGUUCAUGCAAAAGCAACCUUGGUGCAACCAGGCGAGCGGACAAGCAACCGACCAGCAGCCAGCCAACUGGGAGUACUGUACCUACGCAAGCGGCAAAAGGUCAUCUCAACAUCCAUCCUUCGCUGUACGGAACAGACUGCCGGGACCAGCACGGACUGACUGACUGUCUGUCUAUUCUUACCAUCCCCACGCCCCUCCUCCACAUUGAAUUGGCCGUGUGACCUCUUCCAUUCUCCUCUGUUCUUUUAAAACGUUGCAGAUGGGCGCUGCUGCUUGACAGCCCCAGGUUGCCCAACAUUCCCUCCUCAACACCAAGCCGCCUUGCCUCCAAUAUCCCCCUUCAAACAAUACACGGCAUCCGUAACUCCUCGGCAGCCGACCGAGGCGAGCAGUCCGAGUCACUGCUGCCGGCCGAACACCAGCCGACCGCCCGUGGCGUCUACAACCCUUCACAAACGGUCCGACAUCGACGCAACGCCUCGACCGGCUCAGAGCCUGCCUCGUACGCUGGAUCCGAAUCAUCUUGGACGGACACAGGCGACAUUGCCGAGCAGCUAACCGCUGAGGAUCCUCUUCGUGACCGUCUCCUGGACGAGCCUGCCCAUGCCGAUUUCCUUGCUGGGAUUGUGAAGCGCCAAUCUCAACACAAAAAACACAAACGGGUUCGAUACCAAGAGUCCACGACUUCGUCCCGUAAUCGCUCGACGUCGCCAUAUCAGCACCAUCGCGCUGGCCUCGUUAAUAAGGAAGCGAUUCACAUACCAGACGCUGUUGUUCCUCAACAGAGCAGGGCUGAGCGCCUAAUAGCCCGCAUCAUGUCGGGCGGUUCAAGUCCCAUCCAUGGCCUCACCGGCAAACCCUUGAUCUACUUCACAAGCGUCUUCGUGUCGUUGGGAGUGUUCCUUUUUGGAUAUGAUCAAGGAGUUAUGUCGGGAAUCAUCACUGGCCCUUACUUCAAAGAAUACUUUAACAACCCCACCAGGGCACAGGUGGGUGCCAUGGUCGCAAUCCUCGAGGUCGGCGCCUUCAUCUCGUCCCUCAUGGUUGGGAGGAUUGGCGACAUCAUUGGUCGCCGACGAACGAUUCUCUAUGGCUCCAUGAUCUUCUUCGUCGGGGGUGCCAUGCAGACAUUGGCCACCGGCUUUGAAAUGAUGCUGGUUGGGCGCGUUAUAGCCGGUCUCGGCGUUGGUAUGCUAUCAACGAUCGUACCAGUUUACCAGUCCGAGAUCUCGCCUCCGCAUAACCGAGGAAAACUUGCGUGCAUAGAGUUCACUGGAAACAUCUUCGGCUAUGCGACCUCAGUCUGGGUAGACUACUUUUGCGGCUUCAUUACGAGCAACAUGUCAUGGAGGCUCCCACUGAUGAUGCAGUGCAUCAUGGGCGCCCUACUUGGCCUGGGCAGUCUGAUCAUUGUCGAGUCCCCAAGAUGGCUUUUGGAUAAUGACCACGACGAGGAAGGAAUUGUUGUCAUCGCCAACCUUUAUGGUGGAGGUGACAUCCAUAACUCUAAGGCACGCGAAGAGUUCCGCGAUAUCAAAAUGGACGUUCUGAUUCAGCGCCAAGAAGGCGAGAGAUCAUACAGCGAGAUGUUCAGGCGCUACAGGACACGUGUGUUCAUUGCCAUGUCAGCGCAGGCCCUGGCUCAGUUGAACGGCAUCAACGUUAUUUCGUACUACGCGCCGUACGUUUUUGAGUCGGCUGGCUGGGUAGGCCAUGAUGCUGUGCUGAUGACAGGUAUCAACGGCAUAACCUACCUGCUCUCAACCGUCCCGCCAUGGUACAUAGUUGAUUCUUGGGGUCGUCGGCCUAUUCUGCUCAGCGGUGCAGCCAUGAUGACCGGCUCCCUCGCUAUGAUAUCUUAUUUUCUCUACCUUGAUAUCAAACAGACACCGAUGCUUGUUGUCAUAUUCGUUAUGAUAUACAACGCUGCAUUCGGAUACUCGUGGGGCCCUAUUCCCUGGUUAUACCCACCAGAGAUUCUCCCCCUCAGCAUCAGAUCAAAGGGAGCUAGUCUUUCAACAGCCACGAAUUGGGCAUUUAACUGGCUGGUCGGUAUGAUGACACCAAUCCUUCAGGAUAUAAUCCAUUGGAGGCUUUACCUUGUGCAUGCAUUCUUUUGCGCUUCCAGUUUCGUCAUUGUGUACUUUAUCUAUCCUGAAACUUGCGGCGUCAGGCUUGAAGACAUGGGUAGCCUCUUUGGUGACAGCACCACAGCGAUGGGCACUCCGGCAACGAUGGGAACACCAGCCCAGGACCCAGAGACAGGAGCUCUUCUUCGCCCCAGUUCCCCUAUUCCGCCAUUAGAUAUUCGUAACGGCUCUGGAGGUCCCUUUGGAGCUGCGGGGGCUAUUCCCGGUUUAAACAUCGACCCACCUGACCAAGCCGCCGUCGAUGCGAAGAACAGUCGAGACGCCGAGCAAGGGGGUGGUGGCAUUGGGGCCUGGUUUUCCAGAUUGAUGGGCCGCGGUAGGUCCCGCAAUGGGGAAUCAAGUCGCGAUGGGGGCCGCUACACUGCCAUCGGCCAAGGAGAUGAUUAAGCGGUGGGUAUAGCAAGCGGGAAACAGAGCGUAUUCAACCUCCGGUCUUUUAACUUUUUGUUAUUGCGUCGCUCUAGUGUAUGGAGACAGUCUUUGAAGACGAUCGCCUUUCUCAUGGGUCUGCACUCGGGAUUGCUUGCUUGCAUAUAGAAUGGCGUCAAGCCAACCGACCAUGGCCGUCGGACGAACCCAACCUCAUGGUCGAGGUCGAAAUUUUGGAUUUUUGUGAUGGCUUAGACAAGCGAGGGCAUGGUGUCAGGACAUUCACCUGCCCGUGUCAGAUAGUGAAUGUACCUAGGUAUCUAUUGGAAGGAUUGUGCCCAUCU